CAGUAUUUAACCAAAAAUGUCUUUUUAAAAAAUUUCUUGUUUCUUGUGGUUUAGUAUUACAACUUUGAUGUAAAUUCCACAAUUAUAAAAUAUCCCCGUAUAAAACAGUUAGUGCUGUUGACUUUCAAUAGGACGCUUUAGGGUGAUUUCAAAUUACAUUAGCCUACAAGAGAUUGAAUCGUACUUACGUCAGUCAGGUACGAUCAGAAAAGGUGUUCUUUUGAAGAACCAACAUCUUGUUAACAAAGUUCACUGUAGAUUGCGCUGAUCGCCAGCAAUCAGAAGACCUAUAAACAAGACUGUUUCUGACAAAAAUACAAGAUAUAGGUUUACGAAAUGCCUGGUCAAUCGGGAUGUUUUGUGCCAUAUUGUGAUACUGGAAGAAAGGGAUGUAUUGGGAAAAGGACUGUGUUUAGUGUUCCAAGGGAUGUUGAAAUGUUGAAAAAAUGGAAAGAAGUGGUACCUACAUCACACAGAGAGCUUGGCCCUAAUGACAAAAUCUGUCAUGUACACUUUGCUGAAGAUGACAUAAGGAAGGGUUUAAAGGUUGUUGUUGGAGGAAAAGAAGAUAUUUUCCCAAUGCUUUGGAGACUAAAGCCAACAGCCAUCCCAUCAAUUUUCCCAAGUAAAAGCCUUGAACCUAACCUUAUUCCAGAGGGCCAUCGUUCGAAGAGGGUUAGAAAGGGCCCCCGGAUUGCGACUCAUAUUUCAGCAAAAUAUGCGAGAACAAGUGCAUCUACAGAACAUUCAACUAAAAGGGCUACUACUAAAGCAUUGAAUACUAAUGACAAUCCCAGUACCCAAGAUCAAGAAUCAAACCCCGAAACAAACACUUCAAGAAUUAGUUCUCGUUUGAAUCUUAGUGACAAUGACGCUGCCCCAAAGCAUUCAAUAACCCCAUCUAAUGAAAAUAGCCCUAGAGUAUCCGCCGAGAAGCCAGGCAUUUCGAAUACCACAUCACGUGUGACCGCUGGUAAUAACAAAUCGUUGGUAGAUCCUCAAGACGCUAAAUUGCCACCAUCAUGGAACUGGCAUGCUAUUACCCUCCCUCGCAAAAGACUAGUUUGUCUCCUGCCAGCUCUUCCUCCGGGAGAAGCAAUAAUUGACAAAGCGAUAGAAAUAGCAACAAAAAACUCUGUCAUAUACUACGUGUUUGGUAAAAGGUUCGAUUCUGUGGAUCUGGAAUAUCAUUUCCAGUCCCUAAACGAGUUUCAAGAAAUUCUGAACAAUUUCGACAAAGCAAAAACGUGUGAUGGCUGCAUGGAUUCUGCUACUGUCGAUGUAAAAUUCUGUAGUACUGGUCGUUUCCAGGGUGGCGUAUGGCGUUCAAAUAAAUGUCAAUUGCUAGAUAAAUCUAGCUGUUAUGAAUGUGUCAAACUCAAGAAUAUGCUUGAAACAAGAGCUAGGAGGGUAAACAAAACCAAAAAGCUUGAUUCUUUUAAAUGAUUUUUUAGCUCUUGCAACUUCCUAUUUCGAAAUACAAAAAAUCCU